AUGACGGACGUCCGGGACGCCGUCAACGACGACCUGCGUGCCGGCGCGCGGGACCAGCGGGACGCGGCGCGCGAGUGCCUGCCGUACUCGGACGAGCUGCUGGUGGACAUGGUGCGCGCCAGGAGCAACCUGUUCGACAAGGGCCGCGUCGACUACAAGGACGAGCAGACCAAGGCGCAGUCCUGGGAGGCCAUCGCCACCACCUUCGGCAUGAGGGUGGAGGAGUGCCAGACGCGCUGGGUGCGGCUGCGCGAGCGCUUCGGCAGGGAGCUGCGGCUGCACAAGCGGGGCGCCCCGCCCGGCAAGGAGUGGCCCCUCUUCCCCCGCAUGCGCUGGCUGGAGCGCUUCAUCCAGCCCAGGAACAGCCGGGUGUGCAACUACAAGAGCCACGCCGCGAACGCGUCCGCCUCGGACUCGAGCGACGGCGUGGGGGUCGGCGUGGACGUGGGCGUGGAGGAGGUCGCCGGUCCCUCCCUUUGGACGCCCUUCAAGCUGUGGUCCGACGGCGACCACCACGCCAACCACCACCCGGCCGACGACGGCGACUCCCGGCAGGACAUGGCCGUCGACCUGGCCACCCACGGCGCGCACUCGGCCGCCACCACCUCUCCCUCCGGGCCGGAGUACCCCCCGAUGGCGGACGCGUCCAUGUACCCGGACCCGUCCAUGGACCACGCCAGCAUGUCGCCGCCGGACGCCGACUUCCAGGACGCGGUGCGGCGGUCGCUGUCCGUGGUGGCGGGGUCCUUGGAGGGCAUCGUGCGCCACCUGUCUGCGGACGCGCGCGACGCGCACGACCCGGACGAGCUGUUCGCGCGCAGCCUGGCCGCCAGCCUGCGCCGCCUGCCCGGCACCCGGCGGUCGCAGGCCAAGAUGAAGCUCAUCGCCGCCAUGGCCGAGUUCGAGGACGGCCAGUGAGUCCCGCGGACUCAUGGCGUAGCCACCCAGAGGGCGCUGCCGUUGGCGCUGCCGCCCCGCCGUUGUUUUCGUUUGUGCACCCGUGGGGUUGGGUGGCCACUGCCCACCUGAAAUGGUUGCUCAAGGAACAGACCAAAGAUGUUCUUGUCAAAGGAGGACUGGAGAUGGCGGCGAAAGACUGUUUAUGGUGUCGUUAUUGUGAUUGACCCGUUGGGAAUGUGAUCUCAGGCAAACGAGUAUUAUCAUUUACGAGUAUUCCUCUUUUUGUGUGUGCACAAUGUGUAAGUGCGCCUUCUAGUUCAUUUAGUCGUUAAGAGAAACUAAGUUCCUUUUACGUGUCGGGAACCCAAAGCACUUUGCAAUUAAGAUUAAGCUUCAAGUCACGAGCCCACAGUGUGGUGUGCAAAUCUGCGCGCCGUCAACUCUUGCUCCCGCAAUGAAAAUAGCCGGCCAAUUCCAAGACAGGGUUUCGGUGACUUUGUUAAAAGACUGCAGUGCUCUAUUCCUCAAAUGGUCUCAUUAAUAAAAUCGAUUCUUACAUAA